AUGACGGCCGACACACCGCCGCCAUCACUGCCGGACCUGGACCUGGAGGAUGGCACGCCCGGAUAUGAGACCAUCGAGGAGCGCUGCUUCUCGGCCGCCCUCAUCUGCCUCGAGGGUCACUACACCAUCCCACCCAUGGGACCACAGACCGCCGCGAGGGUCUCAUCCAUGAUCGCGAAAACCCUCGAAAAAACUCACACCUUCAAGCACGUCAGGGAAACCCUCUCAAGAAACGUCGAGAUAUGGAUCUGGUUGACAAAAAUCUUUGGCGCCGCCAUCCCCAGCCUCACUACGCGCUCAGUAGGCCCCCUAUCAAGCCUAAAUGACCCUGAGAAAGGGGUUACCCCCCAGGAGAGCACUGCUCUCAUCGUGAAGAACCAUCACAGCCUCAAGGAUGACCUUUCCAUUCUGAACAAGCUCAUGCACAUUGCCAGGAAUUUGCUGGUGACGUCGGAACCGGAGGUGCCUCAAGACAUCUGUGCCGCCGUUCACUUUGACCAGAUGGUAUAUCAAACCAUAAUCCUAUGUGUGAAUGUUACCAGCAAGGGAUACGAUGGCGAAAUUUUGGAUGAGACAUCACGGGCGAAGCUGAAUGAGAUCACUGAUAUGUACAAAAAGCUCCUCGUCACAUCCCUCCAGCAAGCACACAACUGGACGGCCAAGAAUGAUCGCAACAAGAUGUCGUUUUGGUACGAUGUGCUGUUCGAUGAAGACGCUCAGCUCGACGACCCCCAAGAAGGUAUGGGCGACGGCUCUGGGUUCCGCGUCGACAUCGCCAAGACGGAAAUCCAGCACUGGCUGGAGCGCAACUCGAGGAUGUGCGACACUGCACGGAAGCUCCUUACGGACUAUUCCCAGAACAAGUCUCAUAAGCCGCCAGGCGUCCUUGCGCCCAUCGCACCCUUGGCCUGGAACUGGUUCCCCGAGGGCCAGGUCAAGGUCCGCGCUGACAACUACAAGGAGGGCGAAAAGGUGAACCCUAGGUGGGACCCCGAGAUCCAGGACAAGUUUGAGCAGGACCGCGCCUACUGCCGGGUAUCGCGAGAGAUCGACACGUGGUGGAUGCGCGCGCGCGAUGCAAACUACGAGGGAUGGGUGGUACCGAUGCCGUCCGUCGACUUCGCCAAAACGCGGACGGAGCACUGCAAGAACAACCUCCUCAACCGCUACACGCCCGUCAUGCGCACUGAGGAUCAUCACGAAGUUGUCGAGAUCGAGGAGUCGGAGCAGGACCUAGGUCCUGACGACGGGGGCCCGGUGGGCGGGACGAGCGCGUCGGUAGAGGAGGAGUACGCCGAGGGCUAUGACGACAUGAUGGAUGACGAGGACAUUGACGACGACGAAUCCUACGGCGAGGGCCCCCUGACUGGUCUCCUGACCGAGAUCCCCAACAUCCUAGACCCGAAGCAAAUCGAGGCCCUCCACAUGAUCGUCAAGUCGUGUAUCCUCGAUUCGGCCGGCACCGGGCUCACCCGUGCGGGCGAGAACCUCCAAAAGACGCGCUGCCGCAUGUUCCUUGCUCUCGACUGCGGCAAGUCCCUGCUGCGCGAGAUGCUUGUCUUCAUCGCCGUCUGGGAAAAGGAUGAGCAGUCUCUCAUCUUCCAGAUCACCUCUCAGCUCAUCGAGGCCCUCCACCAUUCCGCAUUGGUGCCCUACGCCUGGAACUCCCUCCGAAUCCCCAAAGACAUUAUCUCGCCGGCGCAGACCGUUCUCCUCCGCCUCGUCAACCACAUCUUCCGCAGCCGCAUCAGCAAUCCGCCCCAGGACAAGAAGGAUCAGGAGCGCGACGUCAAGCUCGUCAUGUUCUUCUUCAGCUUCUUCCGCAGCCGCAUCGUCCCAGAGUGCGUCGCCCUAAUGCACCUCCAGGCCCAGAUCCGCGAGGACAACGUCGACCCGGCCGAGUUCCCCGUCGAUACCUGGGACAUGGAGCGUGCCAAGGACGGCCUUGCGCAAUACCUCGACUUCCUCACCACCGCCUCGGAGAUCGCCGAGUCGAGGAAGAAGCUCAUCGAAUGGGAGGCUGUUUACGACCUCAUCACCCUCCUCAACGGUCUCGAGGCCGGCGUCCCAAAGAAGCCUCUUGUCGACACCAUUCCCAGCCGCAACCGCCCCUCGGCGCCCCCCUCGGACCAACAAUCACAGUCCUCCCAGACGACCCCGAUCGUCGAGCGCCCCUACUCCACCAGCGAGUCCCUCCCGCCCUCUCCUCCGCCUCCGUCCCUAUCCGACCCUGCCCACAAGUACCCGUGGUCCGGCAUCAAGGGCCAAAUCUUUACCAUCCUCGCCACCCUCCUCCAACCACCUCCCGGCCAGUCCACGCCCGGCAACCCAGACGUACAGACGCAGAUGGUGAACCACAACGGUAUUGUCCCGCUCCUCAACUGCUGCGCCUACGACGACCACAAUCCUUUCGCCAAGGAACGUGUCACAAUCUGCCUCAAGUGGCUCCUCGACGGCUGUGAGGCCGCCAACAACUUCUUCCGCGAGCUCGUUAACCUCGGCGCCCCGCAGAACCUGCGCCCGCCGCCCGGUGGCACCACCGUCUCCACGAUCCGCGUUGACGGCAUCCAGGGCGAGGUCAAGGUACAGGUGCGCUCCAACUCGGCCCCCGCCGGCGACGGGGAGGGCCAGGAGGGCGGCGGCGGUGGGCGGCAGCAUAUUCACGACCCGUACGGACUGGCCGAAAACGCGGCGAAGAUGAACAUCCGGUCCAACGCCAGCAACGAGCCCUUCACUGACGAUGACUUCAUGUGA